AUGAACGAGCCAGAACCUCUCCAAGAUGAUGAUCAGAAUAGAGAAUGGGAGGAAGAAAAUGUGAAUGGAAAUGAUGUUCAUAGGAGAUGUAAAGUGACGCUUAUAACUGGAGACGAAAUUUUGGAGAAGUGGGAGGUAGCGACUAAUUUUCCUCAUUAUACCCCAAGUGAACGAACAUCCCUCCCGCAUACCAAGGACAUACAUAUGAAGAUUGAAGAUAAGAAAGUUGAGGCUGCAUGCUAUGUGAUAAAAGCCAAAAGCAAACAUUUAAAUACGAUUAGGAUGAUAACGAACAAAAUUGUAAAACUUUGA